CCAAAAACGCUGUCUUUGCUGUAUUAAGUGCUUGUACAACUGGUAUUGCCAGUGUGCUAACUGUAACGUAUCUCAGAGUGGUCUAUAAACGCAACUCGUGCAAGUGCCGAUGGCCCCCGCGGCUGGCGCCGCUAGCUCGGCGGCGGCGCCAGGAAGCGACUUGGAGCAGAUGUUUACCGAGGCCAGCGCGCUGCACGCCUCUGGCGCCGACCUGGCACGUGCCGAGCAGCUGUACCGUGCCGUACUGGCCGCCCAGCCCCGACACGUGGACGCCCUGCACCAGCUGGGGGCGCUGCUGACGCAGCGGUACGGCAAGAAGCAGCUGGAUGAGGCGCUGCGGCUGGUGUCCAGUGCCGUACAGCUUCAGCCGCGCGCCGCCAAGUACCGCAACAGUCUGGGGGUGAUCCACCAGGAGGCGGGGCGCUGGGCGGAGGCGGCGGACGCCUUCGAGCGUGCCAACGAGAAGGACCCCAUGAACGCGGCGACGCUGAUGAACCUGGCUCGGGCGCUGCGUGAGCUGGGCCGCCAGCAGCGAGCAGCGGAGGUGUACGGCGCCGUCACCAAGCUGCGGCCGGAUCACCCCACCGCGCACUACCGCCGCGGCGCCAUCCUGCGCAGCCUGCGGCGCAACGAGGAGGCCCUGGCCGCGUUCAGGCAGCACCUGCGGCUGGUCCCGGACCACCAGGCCUCCCGCUUCUGGAUCGCCGCCAUCACUGGCGACACGGCGGGCAUGUCGGCCGCCCCGCCCGACAUGGUGGCGGGGCUGUUCGACCAGUACGCCGACCACUUCGAUGAUCAUUUGGUGAAUAAGCUGCAGUACAAGACGCCCGAGGCGCUGCGGGACCAGUUGCUGGCGGCACACACACACCUGGCCGCCACACGGGCCGCCAGCGGCGUUGGCACCAGCACCAGCAACGGCAGUAGCAGCACCAGCAGUAGCAGUAGCAGUAGCAAUAGCACCAGCAGCAGUAGCAAGCCCGCGUGGCGGCGGUGUGUGGAUCUGGGCUGCGGCACCGGGUUGAUGGGGCCGCUGCUGCUGCCGUACAUGGCCCGCGGGGCAGCGGGUCUGGAGGGCGUGGAUUUAUCGGCGGGCAUGGUCAAGGAGGCGGCGCGGCGGGGGUGCUACGGAAGACUGGAGGUGGGCGAGCUAGUCGGCUAUCUGGAGGCAGAGGCGGCCGCGCUCACCACUGACACCAUGACCACGACAGCCAAAGUAGAAAACAGUGAGCCCGUAUCAGCAUCAGCAACAUCCUCAAUGGUAUCCGCUGAUACCGUCGCCGGUCAACACGUUGACCGGUCAGUGCCGUACGACCUGCUGGUGGCGGCUGACGUGUUUGUGUACAUUGGCGACCUGGCGCCCGUGCUACGCGCGGCGGCGGCGGCGGCGGUGGCGGGCGCGGUGCUGGCGUUCUCCACUGAGGCAUUGGAGCUGGAGCCUGGCGGCAAGACCAACUGCAGCAGCCUGGCGGCAGGGGCGGCGGCUGGGAAGGCGGCGGAAGCUGGGAGGAAGGAGUCGAACAAGGAGGCGGAGGCUGGGUCCAAGGAGGCGGAGGAGGUGAAGGAGGCCGAGAAGCAGGGUGGGGGCCAGGCGCAGGCGCAGGGGCAGGGGUUGCGGCUGCAGGUGACAGGGCGGUAUGCGCACACGGAGGAGUACCUGCGGCGUGUGGGCGGCGAGGCGGGGUGGCGGCUGGUGAGUAUCAGCCAAUCCAUUAUCCGGUACAAUGGGGGAGAGCCCAUCUGGGGCCACCUGUGCGUCAUGGAGCGGGUGUGAGAAAAUGUGGAGGAGUGUGGGUGACCAUGAGAGCCAGUGUGAGAGUGUGAGAGUCUGGGUUGCAGCCGUUCGGGUUGCUUAACUUAAAUGCAGGAUCUCGUGACUGAGACAUGGGAUUGACACAAUUGGCUGUGCGCUGUAGCGGUUUGCGUGUGACGGCGGGGCGGCGGAGGUCGCCGGAUCGGACUUGCUGAGAGAGGAUGUGGGGUGGGCUUGGGGCAGAGAGGAAGGGCGUCGAGUUGGGGGCGGCUUGAUUUGUGAGCUGGUGACUGCGGCUGUGCCCGACUGCGUGCUCUGUAGUGGCAGAAGUUAGCGGGACUGGAUGCAACAUUGCUUGCUGCACCCCCUCUAUUCAUUGAAUUCUUCAAGGUAGGAAGGCAGGGCAAGGCGGGAAGAGCCGGCAAAGCGGCAGUACUGUUGGAGGGGGUGGUGGGUUCAGGCGCGGGAUCCCCGGAUCGGCCCCGAUAUGGGCCGCGUGCCGAUGGGCGUUUGUCACCUCCUGCCGCCCCUUCGACAUUGUACAAUAGCC